GGGCUGAUGAGGCGAUUCCGCCGYCAGUCCUAGCCGCCUCCGCCGGCCCCGCGCGCCCGGAGAGGAGCCCCCUGAGGCGGCGGGGACGAGACUAGUGGUUUCAAGAUGCCGGGGGCGGCGACCAUCUCGUUCAGCUGUGUGGAUUCUUCUCUUUCAUCACUGAGAAACUGCCAGUCUUACAUUGACACUGGAAUGGACAUUGCUACUCGUGUUGCCCUUGACCUUGUGGAGAGUUUCAUUCGCCUUCAAUCAGGUGAUGGUAAUGAAAGCAUUGAACAAAUCGAUGAAGACAUAGCUGUGACUCAGAGUCAGGUGAACUUUAUCUGUCCCAUUACCCAGAUGGAAAUGAAGAAGCCAGUUCGAAACAAAGUCUGUGGUCAUGUUUAUGAAGAAGAUGCCAUUCUAAAAAUUAUCCAGACUCGAAAUCAGCAAAAGAAGAAAGUUUGCUGCCCUAAAAUUGGUUGUAGCCACACUGAUGUAAAAAAAUCACAUCUUGUGCCAGAUGAAGCCCUUAAAAGAGCCAUUGACAGUCAGAGGAGACAAAGAUGAUCAACACUGGCGGGUGCCACGAAGAAAAUUUGUUACUAGAGGUUCUGUGAGAUAAGCUGCUGAUUGUAAGCAGGUUGUGUAACUGAUCGUUAUUUAAGUGUUUCAUUUAUAGGCAAAGUUGAAGGUCUCAGCUGUAACUGAAAGCAUUUCUAAACUGCCAAAUAUGUCUAAUUCCAGUUUAACUUGUUGGGUUUUUUUUUCCCUUCCUGAAACUCUAAAAGCUUGUAUUUGACAAAUAAAAUGUGUUU